GCUCAGCAGCGGUACCCAUGGGAUUGGGAUCCCUGUUCGGCCGGCGCGGUACCAGCCCUGCGAGGCUCGCAGCGCUGGCUGUGCUGGUGGCAGCCUCCUUCCUCGGGCUGCUGCAGCUCGUCCGACAAUCAGAGAUGAUACAGCGCCGGUCAAACCCGGUCCUAGACCCCACCGAUCUACCAGCGGCGACGGAGGGGUUCCACCCUCAGCGUGUGCUGCUUCUCGCCUAUAUGAGAUCGGGCUCCAGUUUCACGGCCGAACUGCUCACACUGCACCCGGACUUCAACUAUCUGUUCGAGCCGCUCUGGAGGUUCAAUGACCGGCAACUGGUGCCCGGCUACUCCUCUGGCGAGAUGGACGAGUCUCGCGCCAGCUACCUGUCCGCACUGUACGACUGUGACCCACUCAUGACCGUGGAGGCCCUCAAAGACGGCUUCGUGGACAGAGUGCGCUUCUUGGUAGCCGAAUGUCGGCAACGUCACCUGCUGGCUAAGGUCAUCCGCGCGAGCGGCGGGACUCUCAGACGCCUGCUGGAGAAACAGCCGAGACUGAAGGUGAUACACCUGGUCCGUGACCCGCGGGCUACCGUAUCGUCCCGUUCGGAGGUGGGCGCCAAGGACAGUGCUGCUCUCUACUGUGCGGAGAUCCGACAGCACCUCAACGUGACCGGCCCGCUGGCGGCCAGCGACCCGCGCAGGUACGCGUUGGUGCGAUACGAAGACCUGGCUGACCGCAGCACACAGCGGUCGAAGCUGAGGCGGCUGUACCAUUUCAUGGACCUUCCAAUGCCCGAGGAUGCUUUGGAUCAAUACAUAGCAAGUCACUAUCAGCCCAUCGAUAAGAGCCGAUUGAGGCGACGGCCGCAACGCAAGGCAAAGAAGGAUAACUUUGAUACUAAAAAGCGAUCAGACUUCAAUCCAAAUUCAUGGAAAGAUAAACUAUCAGAUGAAAGGCUUCGAGAAAUCGAAUUUGAGUGCGGUGAUGUAAUGAAAAGGUUUGGGUACGAAUUCACUCAGCCUACUUGAACAUCCUCGCUACACAGGAGCAGGUAUGUGACCUGUGUGCUGGUGGCCGUUUAGAUCCCUUGCGGUGUAUUCACUACUCAGGUCGAAACCCUGUCAUGUUAUACUGUUGGGUGAAUGGUGUUGAUCGCUUGGACUAGGAAGGAUGGCGGCUGUCCACUGUCCAGUGUGUGCUAAGUAGCCAGUGGGUAUCGUUUAAAGUUACCCGUUGUAACACUCACCUAAUUACAUUUAAGUUUUCCAUCAUCUCCAAGUUUCCAAAGUCUCCAUCAUGUGUAAGGUUUUACAUUUACAACGUCUUUGGCACUACUGUGUCAUAUGUCUUAUGACGUCGGUAUGGAUACAGGUGAUCGUGCAAUACAUGUUUGUACUCGUAAGCUCUUUAGAGAUCUCUCCUGCAUGUGAGCAUUCAAAAAGCGAUGAUGUUGUGGCAGCGGUGCAAUAAACCGCAAGUGCAGGUUUCUGCACCUCUCCAGCACUUAACAUUUCUGACGUUGUUCUUGU